AAGAAUCGACCCAAUGCAAAGAACAUGAUGUGAAAAAGUCAACAAAGUGAUACGAAAAUUUGCGAAGUUGUUUUCAUCAGUCUCGGAAAAUUCGACAGUAAAUAAAUAGAUUUAAUAGUGCAAAAUGAAAAUAUGUACACAACUUGAUUGACUUUAACAAAGUAUUGAAGUGUUAAUGUAGCUCUACUUAAAAUACUAUUCAUAUUUAAAUUCAAAGUAAAGCUAGGCGAUUUCGGAUUAUUUUUCUUGUGUACAUAUGUAUGUAGAAAGUAUAACAUAACCCCAAAUAGAGAGAUGUAUAAAUCGCCGUACAUAUAAGGAAAAUGAAAUUUAAAAGCUAUUACUAAAUAAAUACAUAUAAAGCACAUAUAGAUCAAUACGUGGCGUUGCAUUUUGAGUAAAAAAUUAUUAAAUUGCACAAGAAAAAAUCCGAAAGUAACAAAAUUUUAUCAAAAUCAUAGUUAAGUUUGGAAAAAUUUCAGCAAAAAAUCGAUAUAUUUUUCAAAGACUUCAAAUGACGCUUUAAGUGUAUGUUCAUUAAGAAUCAAUCUCUCUUGGAUCAUUUUACAAGUUCAAAGACAAAUACCCAAAACUAAAAAAGAAAUCAUGCGGGUGGUUGCUAUGGUUAGCGGUGGCAAAGAUAGCUGCUACAAUAUGAUGCAGUGUGUCGCUGAGGGACACGAAAUAGUUGCAUUAGCAAAUCUGCAUCCGAAAGAUCGCGAUGAACUUGAUAGCUUUAUGUACCAGACUGUCGGUCACAUGGGCAUUGAGAACUUGGCAAAGGCUAUGGGUCUGCCAUUGUAUAGGCGCGAGACCAAAGGCAAAAGUACACAAACAGGAAAACAUUAUGUGCCUACAGAUGACGAUGAAGUUGAAGAUUUGUAUAGUCUUUUAGAAUUAUGUAAGAAUGAAUUACAAGUUGAGGCAGUAGCUGUCGGUGCCAUUCUCUCUGACUACCAAAGAGUACGUGUUGAAAAUGUUUGUAGUCGUUUAAAUUUGGUGUCAUUGGCGUAUCUGUGGAGGAGAGACCAGACUGAAUUGUUGCAAGAAAUGAUUGAUUGCCAAGUACAUGCCAUUAUAAUAAAGGUAGCUGCAUUAGGUUUAGUUCCUGAUCGUCAUUUAGGCAAAUCUUUACGUGAAAUACAACCACAUCUGUUGAAAAUGCGUGAUAAGUAUGGUUUGAAUGUAUGCGGCGAAGGUGGUGAAUAUGAAACAUUUACUUUAGACUGUCCGUUGUUUAAGCAGCGAAUUGUGGUAGAGGAUGUUCAAACGAUAAUUAGCUCAGCGGAUCCUAUAUGCCCGGUUGGCUAUAUUAAUUUCACCAAAUUGUCAAUGCAUUCGAAGGAGCCAACGCAAUGCUGUGAUGUUUUUGUGAAAAAAUCUUUGGAUUAUAUAAGUGACCUAAACGAAUCAACAUACAGUGACCUCAGCGACCCAGAUCUCAGUGAAACUGAAUUGGAAUUGAUAGAAAAAGAAACGAGAUUACGUGAAUCGCUUAGCCAAAAUGAAUUAAUAAUAUCGCGUAGCAAUUCAUUUGGCCGCCAUUUAACAACAUCCUCUUCACCCAUACCAAUUGUGACGAAGAGCGCUAGUGUCGACGAACCGCCGACUCCAUCGCCAUUAUUUUCAUCUUCAGCAGCGCUGUGCGCUGUAUCACUACAAGCAACGACCAACAAUUUUAGUGUAACACGUCCUUUGGGUAGCAGUACGACAGCAGUGUGUGGUUCGUUGUCGCUGGGUAUUUCGUCGACGGGCGCCACAGCUGGCAUCUCGACUGCACAUGCUACACAACCACCGAGUCCAAUGAAAAUUGAACGUGAGUUCCGUCCACUUAAAAAUCAGCCAAUGGCAGCGUUUAAUCAAAAAGGCUGGUUGUGGGUCGCUGGCAUACAAGGCUGCGCUCCAACUCUGGAAGAAGGAAUGCGGCUGGCUAUGCAGUCCUUGGUCGAUUUAGCUGUUCAGCACAAUUACGAGUUAACUGAUUACUGUUAUAUUACCCUUUAUAUACGUUCAAUUGCCGAUUAUCCUUUACUAAAUCGUAUUUAUGGCCAAACGAUUAAUUUUCACAAUCCACCAACCCGAGUCUGUGUUGAGUGCCCGCUACCAGAAGAUUGCCAUGUGAUAUUGGAAGCGAUUGCAUUUCGUCCACCUAUGCGACGCCGUCCAACAUUGUCUACAAGCGAAGUAGAUGCUUAUAAUGAUGAACACAAUAAUAGUGGCGACUUAGCACAUAAACAACGCCAAACUAUGCAUGUUCAAGGAAUUUCUCACUGGGCACCAGCAAAUAUUGGCACUUAUAGUCAAUCUACAAGAGUUGGCGAGAUAACAUAUAUUUCUGGUCAAAUUGCACUCGUUCCUGGCAGCAUGACAAUUAUCGAAGGUGGUAUACGGCCACAAUGCAAACUAGCUUUACGACACAUCAGCCGAAUAGCAAAGGCGAUGAAUGCUCAGGGUCAGUUACGCGACGUAGUACAUGGUAUAUGCUUCUUGACUCAUCCAGCCUUUAUAGCCGAGGCGCGUCGUCAAUGGGAACGACGUACAACGAAUGCCAUAAUGGAUUAUAUUGUUGUGCCUGCUUUGCCGCGUGAGGCCUUGGUGGAGUGGCAAGUGUGGGCACAUACGCACAAUGAUCGCUUUGAUUACGAAGAAACUGGAUGCUCCGUAAGUGAUUACACAAUUUCUAUAAGAAGACGUUGGAAUUAUGAAAAUAAUUGCGCUGCAAUUGUUUGUUAUGUGUCUACAGGUUUGGCAUCAUCCACCACACAGUUGACACAAUUAAGUGAAGAUAUACUCACCAACCACUGUCGUCUUGCACAAAGCUUGAGUGCUGAAAAUCUAGACGAAAUAUUAACAUAUACUGUCAAUCGUUUGCUCAAAGAUUAUCCGAUCGCUAAACGAAUAUCAGACUCAUGCCAUAUUUCAGACAGCGGCAUUUGCGAACCAGAUGGCUCUACUCAUUUAUCUACAUCCAUGACGAACAACAAUUUAAAUAGUAGUAACAUUGGUGGAAAUAAUUUAACUGCCUAUUCCAUACCGGCAAUUCACCUGAAAGUGUUCUACCAAGUAACUGCUGCACCGUCCGUGGAAUUGCUGCUUAAUGCACUUUAUGAUUUUCGACUUAAGUGCAAGGAGACCGCCAAUAUUGUAUACACCGUUUUGCCCGCCUGUAGUUUACAUAAUUUUAGUACUUUCCUAUCGAUUUGCGGCGUUCGCCAUGAGUAAUUUCAUAUGAAUUAUGCAUAAAGACUUGAUGUAAUUUAAAGUUUAUCUACUCAUCCUAUGUACACUCAAUUGGCCGAAUUUAUUAUGCCUUUUACAAUGAUAUUGUUUUAGGAAAUUUCUGAAAAAGACAAACUCCCUGUUAGUGUUUAUGUAUGUAAUGGGAUAAAGCCCUGUGAGAAUUGUUACUCAGUUGAAUGUAAAUUUGAAAUGUAUGGGAUUAAAAAUCGGUCCCACACAGAAUUAUUUUCAUUUAAAGCGCAAUUAUGUGAAAAAAAUAUAAUGUACUAUUUUUUAACAUCAA